UAUGGCGGCGCCCUUGUAGCCGUGUGAGUUUUGACAGGCGAACAGACUUCAACAGAAUGGGAAUGAAGCAGAGGUUCAGGGAAUGCGUUUGAUGUCUUUGAGAAUAAUGUGUUCCAGACAUUCAUCGAAUGUGUUCUUCGUAAACUAAGGACGUCAAUCAGAUGAAUCUAGGUUUCUGUGUGAUUUGGCCAUGCGUAUAGUACUGAGAAAGCUGGCCCUGGCCCCGCUGGUGGGGGAGGGCCUCAGCAGUGGGGGUCUCCUUCCUCCCCUGCUGCCCUGCCUGAGGCUGGACAGGGUGGCGUGCCGGGGCCUGUACAGCGAGACAGGGGAGUGGCAGAGGGACUACCGGGCCGAGACCAGGAAGCAGGUGGAGCAGAGGUGGCACCCGCGCAUCAAGGAGCAGUGGAAGAAGAGGAGCGCCCACGAGGAGGAGGAGGAGGAGGUAUCCAAGCAACAGAAGUUUUAUGUCCUCUCCAUGUUUCCGUACCCGUCUGGCCGCUUGCACAUGGGCCAUGUUCGAGUCUACACCAUCAGCGACACCAUAGCCCACUUCCAGAGGAUGAGAGGAUGCCAGGUGCUGAACCCAAUGGGAUGGGACGCCUUUGGUCUGCCUGCAGAGAACGCUGCCAUAGAGAGAGGACUGGACCCUGAAGAAUGGACCAAGAGUAAUAUCCAGUCGAUGCGGGAGCAGCUAGACAGCCUGGGUCUCUGCUUUAAUUGGGACAGGGAAGUGACCACAUGCCUGCCAGACUACUACCGUUGGACGCAGUACCUGUUUGUCAAACUGUUCACUGCCGGCUUGGCCUAUCAGAAGGAGGCGGUGGUGAACUGGGACCCAGUGGACCAGACGGUGCUGGCUGACGAGCAGGUGGAUGAGGGGGGCCGCUCCUGGAGGUCCGGGGCCCUGGUGGAGCAGAAGCUGCUCAGGCAGUGGUUCAUCAAGACCACCAACUAUGCCAAGCCCCUUCUCGAUGCCCUUGCGGAGCUUCCAGAGUGGUAUGGAGUGAAGGCCAUGCAGGCCAACUGGAUUGGAGAGUGUUCUGGAUGUUUCUUCCAGUUCCAGCUCAAGCUGGACGGAGAGGAGACAGGGGAGGUCCUGGAGGCCUACACCCCCACACCAGAGGCCAUGUUUGGGGCAGCGUACGUGGCCAUCCUGCCCUCCCACAGGCUGCUCCAUGGAUCCAGCCCUCUCAAGGCCGCACUCACCAGGAACCUUCAGCUGGGCAGGGAUUGCCUGACGGAGGUCACCGCCUGGAAUGUGUUGACUGGUCAAGAGAUGCCUGUGGUCGUAUCAGCCCAAGCCGAGUUUGAGGAACACUUGGACACAGUGAUUGGUAUUCCAGACGCCAGUGAGGAGGAUGCAUCAGUGGCGACGGCACUGUCACUGGAUUGGCUAACAGUCAUCCGCACACAAGAAGACGGUUCCCAAACACUGCUCAACUCUGGCCAGUUCACAGGCCUUACCAGGGAGGAGGCUUUCGACUCCAUCACCCAGAAAGCACGCGAGGUGAAAGCAGGCGGUCACCUGACCAGCUCCAAGCUCCGCGAUUGGCUGAUCUCCAGGCAACGCUACUGGGGGACUCCGAUUCCCAUCAUCCACUGCGGCUCUUGUGGCCCGGUGGCCGUGCCAGAGGAGGAGCUUCCUGUGACGCUGCCCAAAGUGCCCGCCCUCACGGGAAAGGGGGCGUCGCCACUGCAGUCCGCCCAGGAGUGGAUGCACUGCACCUGCCCCAAGUGCAAAGGACCUGCUCAGAGAGAGACAGACACAAUGGACACUUUUGUGGAUUCCUCCUGGUACUACUUCAGAUAUACAGACCCUCACAACCAGAUCAGGCCAUUUGAGCGGUCAUUAGCUGAUCACUGGUUACCAGUGGACGUGUAUAUCGGGGGGAAGGAACACGCUGUCAUGCACCUCUACUAUGCCAGGUUCCUCAGUCACUUCUGCAGGGACCAGGGCUUUGUGUCUCACAGGGAGCCCUUUCGAAAGCUGCUGGUGCAGGGGUUGAUUAAAGGCCAAACCUACCGCUCCGCUGAGACUGGCCAAUACCUCCGCAGAGACCAGCUCGACUUCAACGGUGCGGAGCCGGUGCUGGCUGGUUGCGGCGGUGCGGUGCAGGUGAGCUGGGAGAAGAUGAGCAAGUCCAAGCACAACGGCCUGGACCCCCAGGAGGUAGUGGAGCAGUACGGCAUCGACACCGUACGCCUCUUCAUCCUCUACGCUGCACCGCCAGAGCAGGACAUCCUCUGGGACGUCAAGACUGAUGCCCUGCCCGGUGUGCUGCGUUGGCAGACGCGUCUGUGGGCGCUGGUGACCAAACUGCGUGAGGCGCGGGAAGGUUCCGUGCCCCCUGACCCCUCGUCCCUCAGCAAGAAAGAGCUCGCCACCGCACGCAAGAUCUGGGAGAACAAAAACUACGCCAUACAGGAGGUCACAGGUCACUUCACAGAGGACUUCCUGCUCAAUGCAGCUAUCUCACGACUCAUGGGGCUCAGCAACACACUCACUCAAGCCAGUGGCGGAGUGGUUCUUCACAGUGUGGAGUUUGAGGAGGCGCUGGCUGCCCUGUGCGUGAUGGUCGCUCCCAUGGCUCCCCACCUGGCCUCCGAACUCUGGGCAGGUCUGUGUGGAGUAAAGCAUGCCCAGUGUAGUCUGCUGUGUGCGGGGGGAGAUGUGCUGGAGCAGCCGUGGCCCACGGUAGACCCAGAGUACCUGAACACGCCCGACACACUGGAGAUGGCCAUCAGGAUCAACAAUAAGGUGUGUGGCAGUGUGUCGGUGCCUCUGCAGGUAUCCCAGGAUGCCGAGCGAGUGCGUGAGCUGAUCAUGGCCAGCCCGCUGGGCCAGAGUCUCCUGGGCGACCGUGUCAUCAAGAAGGCCAUCCUCUCCCCCAGGACGGCACUCAUGAACUUCCUGGUAGAGGACUGACGUGGAGCGAAACACAGAUGCCUGAUUGGUUAAUCAUGCCGUCACUCAAAAUGGACUGUCAAAUCAGGGAGGCUGGGCUGUCCCCACAGAUGCUGAUCAAUUGUUCGCUAUGUGGGCAGGAGAAGCACUGAGCACUGAUGUCAUUUCUUUGGAAAUGAAGACAAAGACGUUUUAUAUAGUUUUUUUACUCUGCGUUUGUUUCAAUAGACUCCAUAUAGGAUAUUCAAGUGCUAACGGAGACUCAUACAUUGUGUGUGUGUGUGUGUGUGUGUGUGUGUGUGCGUGUGUGUGUGUGUGUGUGUGUGUGUGUG